AUGGCAAGCUCAAUCAACCCUCGAAAAACCUACCUCACAAUCUACAACCUCACCUUCGCCUCCCUCUGGACCUGGAUUUUCCUCUCGACCCUCUCCUCCACCAUCCUAUCGACUUCUUCUUCUUCUUCCUCCUCCCCCACCAUCUUCCAAACCCUCUCACCCCGCACCCGCUGGAUCCAAACCCUCUCCCUCCUCGACAUCCUCCACUCCCUCACACGCCUGAUCCCCGCCCCCCUCUUCAGCACCUUCACGCAAAUCGCCACACGAGUAAUUCAAGUCUGGCUCAUCUGGUAUACAUAUCCCGAAACAACUUCUGAAGCUUCAUUUGCGUUUCCGGCGCUGUUGCUGGCGUGGAGUGCAGCGGAUGCGAUACGAUAUGUGUUUUUGACGUUGCAUUUGUGGGGGAGAGCUCCGCGGGGGUUGGUGUGGGUGCGGUAUUCCAUGUUUUAUGUCUUGUACCCGGUGGGGAUUGGCGCGGAGUGGUGGUUGAUGUUUCGGGCGGUGAGGCCGGCGGGGGAGGUGAGUUGGGUGUUGGGGUGGGUGUUUUGGUUUUUGUUGGGGUUGUAUGGACCUGUAGGGGCGUACAUGAUGUUUACGUACAUGGUGAAGCAGAGGAAGAAGACUUUGUCGAAAUUAGAACAGAAAUGA